AUGGCGGGGUUGAUCCCAUAUUUUUUUGGGGAUUUCAGGUACUGCACGGAGGGGAAGAGGACGUUCAGCAGCCGCCUGAUCCUGGAGAAGCACAUCCAGGUGCGCCACGGCAUCAAAGUCCCGGAGCAGAUGCGGAGCCAGGAGGUGGUGAUCGCCCGCGUGGGCUCUGGGCCCGCCCAGGUUUCGGGCCGGAAGCGCAAACUCUCCUCGGACGAUUCGUGCAGCGAGGAGCCCGACAGCACCACCCCCCCCUCCAAGAGCUCCAAGGGCAAAUUCCGCUGCCGCAAGUGCGGCUUCGCGGCCUCGAGCCGGGCGGAAUUCCAGGAGCACAUCCCGCAGCACCGCACGGACGGCAGCUCCCAGCAGUGCCGCGAGUGCGGCCUCUGCUUCACCUCGCAGGUGUCGCUCAACCGGCACCGCUUCAUCUCGCACAAGAAGAGGAAGGGAGCGGCCGAGGCCGAGGAGCGCGGCGAGCGCAGCCCCCGCGAGACGGCGCCGCCCGGAGCGGCCACAACAGCGGCCACGGCGGGGAAACUGAGCUGCAAAGUGUGUGGGAGGGGCUUCGACAGCCAGCUCAACCUGAAAACGCACUUCAGGACGCACGGAAUGGCCUUCAUCCGCGCCCGGCAGAACGCCGAGGAGAAUUAGGGAAUUCCGGGAAUUCUGGGAUAAACCUGGGAUAGUUCAGGAUGCACGGCAUGGCCUUCAUCCGCGCGCGGCAGAACGCCGAGGAAAACUGAUCCUGGAAUUUCAGGAAUUAUGAGAUAA